AUGUGUUCCAACGACGAUUUAUACAAAAACAAUCAGUCAGAAUGGUAUAAACUUCGUGAUAACUUGCUGAAGGAACAUAAGGAUAAUCCUAAGUUGCAAUUGAUCUAUGUCGACUUCUCCUAUUGUUCAUGCAAACUGAAUGAUACCAUCACUUUACGUACAUUAGACGAGAAGAAUAAUGUAGAUGUCCAACAACGAGCGAAUCCAUUACUUUCAGAACGAUCAAAAAGUGAUGGAAGUAUCAAUAUCUUACUUCUUGGUGAAUCAGGUGUUGGUAAAUCGACUUUUAUCAAUGCUCUUGUUAACUACUUGAAAUUCGACGAACUUCAGCAAGCUGAGGGCAAACCUAUUGUACUCAUACCUGUUUCAUUUGUCAUGACUAUUGAUGAUAAUUUUACAGAACGUUCAGUCAAAUUUGAAGGUUGUGAUACUUUAAGUAAUGAAGAUCAUGAUCAUCUGGGUCAAUCAGUAACUCAACAUUGCAAGUCAUAUGUGUUUACUUUUAGAGAUAGCGAAAAUCGUGGGCAAAAGUUGCGUAUUAUCGACACUCCUGGAAUAGGAGAUACACAGGGCUCCACUCAAGACGAUGCUAAUCUACAACAUAUUUUAUCAUAUAUCACAAAUCUAACGCACUUGAAUGCCAUUUGUAUUCUAUUGAAACCAAACAAUGCACGACUUAAUAUUUUGUUUCGGUCGUGCUUUACACAACUGGUCGAUUUGCUGGGUGAAAAUACUUACGACAAGAUUAUAUUUUGUUUCACAAAUUCACGUUCAACAUUUUAUACACCAGGCGAUACAGCUCCUGCACUCAAAGCUUUACUUGAAUCACUUCCAGGCAAAAGGAUUCUUUUCAACAAAGACAAUACGUUUUGUUUUGACAGCGAAUCAUUUCGUUAUCUAGUCGCCAGACUCAAUAAGAUUGAAUUCAAGACCACUGAAGAACAAGAGUACAAUGACAGCUGGAAGAAAUCAUCGAAUGAAUCAAAUCGUCUUAUCAAAUAUAUACGUAAUAAGAUGUCUGCAAGAAUUAUUCCUAAUGAAUUACAUUCGAUGAAACAUGCAAAACUGAAAAUUAAUUUAAUGAUUCGACCCAUGUUAGAAGCAAUGCGAAAUAUUCUUCGUAAUCUUAUUUUAUGGAAUGCAGGAUCAGGUAAAUUUUCUAUAGAAUUAUGUCCCAGAAUUAUCAAAAGUACAACAGCUAUUUGUCUAAAAUGUCCCCGUGAAUAUUUUCAAGUAGCUGACUUUUGGAUUACAAUGGAUUGUUUACAUGUCUUUCACAAUAAAUGUCGAACUUGUCGAUGUGACCCAUCUGAUCACUAUCCUAUUGAUUACGAAGUUAGCUAUAAACAAUGCGAUGACCUACGAAGCAGUUCUGAGAAAGAUAUGACAAAGAUGCUCGAAGACUUAUGCCAAGAGAGUGCUGAAUUUGCUGAAAUUCUGUUGGGACCGAUGGACACUGCACAAAAUGAUUCAUUCUUGGUAGGUCUGAAGAGAAUGAUAAAAGAAGAAAAUGAUAUCUGUGAUAAGAAGGAUUCAUACGAACACAAUUUAAAGCUGAUUGAACAGCUUGAACAACUUAAAAGUAAAUAUGAAAACGUGAGGAAGAAAAUGGCUAUGAAGAAAGAAUGCAUUGAACUGGAUGAAAUUUAUGAGAAAAUUGGCAAGGUGGGCAAGUAUUCAAUGAUAGAAGUACAGAUGGCUGCUAUCAGACAAUGGCACAAAUUUAUGAUAAAAUAUUAUGAAUACGAACUACCAGUUUAA